UAAAAAAUAAAGAAACAUUUUCAUGAACACUUUGAAAAACACUGCAAUAAGUUCUAGAAAUCGGCUAGGGAAGACAAGAAUCAUGCUCAUGGGAUUUAGUCUCAUCUACUUGAAGACAAACUAUUUACUAAUUGAGCUGUAUGUGGCUUAGCAUGUUGUGGAUCCGCCUCCAAAGUGGUUGAAAAUUCAUCUUCUUUAAACAGCCAACAGAGGGUUCUAUUCAACUUCUACAUUACCCUUUGCCAAUCAUUUCAGGGGGCCACAUUGUUAUCAUCCUGCUCCUCCCAAUGCGGUCACAAAACCACGAUCGAGGUCUCCUACUUCCAGGACUUGCAACCUCAAUCCAACAAACCAAGCCAUAAAUGGAACGGUUGGGUUGCCUCAUUCAUUAACAUCCCCACCAUUCAAAUUCACAUCUUCCUUUUCAGAGUUACAGUAAGACAUGGAGGUUUCAAGGUCGGUUACUAUGAUUGUGCAACCAGACAGCAAAACCUUUGAUGGUUCGAUUCCGAAGGCAUAUGCAGGUCUGUUACUGAAAAGUUGAUUAAGAACACAUAAAAACAUGAGAAAGAUCCGAUUAAUUAGUGUCUUUUAGAAAGCGAAUAUCCUACUUCGGUUUUGUUUAUAUCAAGGUAAAAGCUAAUGAAACAUCAAGAUCCUGACAAACCCGAGGUAGUAUGCCAUUCAUAUUAAAUUAAUCACAGGAAUGCCGACUGUUGGGUUGAUGAAUAAUAAUGUUUUAUGACCCCAAUGAACUUGAAUUCAACAGCUGGAGUUGAUUUGUAGAUGGCCCAGAAGAAGUUAUGAGGAAUAUACUGUAAAAUAGCACUCCAAGACAGCAAUUUCAUACCAGCAUAGACGUAGGGCGGAGUAAACUAUUGCAGCCAACGUCUGACUUAAUGGUUAUACUAUAUAACUCAAGUGAAUUUACUAUGAAAUCCCUUUGGGGGCACCUCUGGUUGGGGCAUUUGGAUGGGGGUGAGGGUAUUGUAGUCAAUGAAUGGUAGGAAAGCCCUGGGAGAGUUGGACAACCGCAACCAGCCACAACCACCUUCAUUGAAACGUUCAGCAACCAAAAUUCAAAACACAGAGGGCAGAAGAAUUUUACUUCCAUUGCAGCCAAAACCAACCAAUUUCUUCCACUCUCUCUGUGAUUCUAUCUUUUCAGAGUUCAUGGGUGUGAAGGGUCAUCCAUGGAUUCUUCCCUCUCUCUUGUGUUUCUCUCUUCUUUGUCUCCCUUGUUUCUCUCAACCAAGUUCUUCACCUGCAAGUUCCAUCCCCAGUUCUCCUAAUAAUUCUCCAAUCUCUCCACAAAUUCCAGGAGCAGCAUCACAUGAAAAAGUUGGUAAGGUAGCUGGAGCAACAGCUGCAAGUGCUGUUGUUGUUGCUGGGGUGUUCUUCUGCUUCAGAAAAUUUGUUGCUCGUCAACGCCAGAGAGAUAAAAAUGAAUCUAGUUUUCGUCGUGAAGAAGCUGAGGUGAUGCAUGAGGAAUUCAAGCAUCGUGGAACUCUGAAAGGAUUGAUUGUUGAUGAUAAUGGAGUGGAGGUCCUCUAUCUGAGGAAACUUGAAGGUGGGCAAUUGAGGAAUAGUUUCUCUAAGGUUUUGAAUAUUCCUAAUGAAGAAGAAAGAGGAAAGAUAGUGGAGAGUAUGGUAGAUAGACCCAGAAAAUCAAAGAGAAUUCAAGAGAUCCCAUUGCUUCAUGAGCCAUCAGAUGUGAUUAUCCUAGAGAAAGAGGCCAAACCAGUUUUGAAAGUUCCAACUCUACAGCCUCAGGUUUCUGUACCAUCUCCUCCUCCACCUCCACCACCACCACCCUCUCAGCCACUUCCACCGCCUCCACAGGUGAUUCCAAUAAAGAAAACUCCCAACCCACAUCCUCCACCACUCCCUCCUAACAAGAAAAUCCCCGGACCGCCUCCUCCUCCACCACCUCCUCCUGAAAAGAAAAUCCCUGGACCACCUCCUCUGCCACCAAUCCCAACAAGGAGGAAGCCUGCAGCACCACCUCCACCACCUAAGGCAGGUGGUUUGGUUUCAGCUUUGAAACCUCCACCUGUACCAAGGGGGAAGAUGAACAGUAAUAACAGGGCAGAGGCAUCAACUGAAGGAAGCUCCAAGGGAACUGAUUUUGGGCAGAUGAAGCUGAAGCCAUUGCACUGGGAUAAGGUCAUAGCUAAUGUUGAUCAUUCAAUUGUGUGGGAUGAGAUCAAUGAUGGAUCCUUCAGGUUUGAUGAUGAACUUAUGGAAUCUCUGUUUGGAUACACUGCGAACCAGAAACCCCCUGAAAUGAAUAACAAGCCAGUGACUUCAAGCAACUCUGCCCUGCCAACCCAAAUUUUCAUCCUGGAACCCCGAAAAUCACAAAACACUGCAAUUGUACUUAGAUCUCUUGCAGUCUCUCGUAGAGAAAUUCUAGAUGCCCUCCUGGAAGGUCAAGGCCUCACCACUGAUACUCUUGAAAAACUGACCAAAAUUUCUCCAACCCAAGAAGAAGAAUCCAAAAUCCUGCAAUUCAAUGGCAACCCAACUAAGCUUGCUGAUGCAGAGUCCUUUCUCUACCACAUCCUGAAAGUUGUUCCUUCGGCGUUCAUGCGCUUCAAUGCAAUGCUUUUCAGAACAAACUACGACCCUGAAAUCCUUCACUUGAAGGAGUCUUUGCAAACACUUGAAUUGGCCUGCAAGGAGCUAAGAAGUCGUGGGCUUUUCUUAAAACUUCUUGAAGCCAUUCUCAAGGCUGGCAAUAGAAUGAAUGCAGGAACCGCCAGAGGAAAUGCCCAAGGCUUCAACCUUAGUGCUCUUCGUAGACUUUCAGAUGUGAAGAGCAUUGAUGGAAAGACUACUUUACUUCACUUUGUCGUGGAACAAGUAGUUCGAUCAGAGGGUAGGCGUUGUGCAAUCAAUCAGAACGAUAGUCUGGACAGAAGUAAUAGUCAAAGAGGCAAAAAGAGUGAUCCAAAUUCAGUAAGUCAGACACCAAAAGAAGAGAAAGAGAAAGAGAAAGAGAAAGAGAAUGAGAAAGAGAAAGAGAACAAAAAAGAGAAAGAGUACCUUAUGCUUGGAUUACCAGUGUUAGGGGGGCUAAGUACUGAAUUCUAUAAUGUAAAGAAAGCUGCAGUCAUAGACCAUGAUAGUUUCAUCAACAUGUGCUCAACUCUCACAGCCCGUGUUGCUGAAAUUCAGCUGCUUGUGGCACGCUGCAGAAAUGGUGAGAAGGGCAGGUUUGUGCAGGAGAUGAAAGGGUUUUUAGAGGAAUGUGAGGAGGAGCUUAAAGUGGUAAGAGUAGAGCAAACAAGGGUAAUGGAGCUUGUGAAGAAAACAACAGAAUAUUACCAAGCGGGAGCUUCUAAAGACAAAGGGGGACAACCUCUUCAGUUGUUUCUCAUUGUGAAGGAUUUUCUUGACAUGGUUGAUCAAGCUUGCCAAGACAUUUACAGGAAACUGCAGAAGAAGAAUGUGACAAAGACUGUAGGAUCAUCCCCACCACUGUCACCAACAAGGCAGGCAGUGAGAUUCACAAACUUGCAGUUACAAUUCAUGUCAGAUAUGUGUAGGACAACAUCUUCCAGCGAUUCAGAGGAUGACUUCUGAAGACGGGUUACAAUUCUGUAUGAACAAUUGGUCAAUGACUAUGGAAGGAUUAAACUAGAAAUUUGCUACAAUUUGAGCCUAAGGUCAGCCACAUGAUUUGUAAAGUAAGUUCUAAAUGAAAGGUAGAUUAAUGACUUAUUGUUUUUGUCUUUGACUAGAAGUGAAAGCUGAAGUCCAAUGAGUGAUCUUGGUGUUAUAGAA